GACAUAUUUUUUUUUCUUUGACAUAUUUUCAAAACCUCGGGCAUUAAGAAAAUGAAAAAAAAUCGAUAUUUUUAAACCGUCAUAUUAGGGUCUCCCCUUAAUAUCACAUUUGAACUAUUGAUCCAUUGUAAACCUUACAUUCUACUGACCCCCAUUCUCAGUCUCCGUCUUGUAUCAUAGUUGCCAUCACAUAAGAGCCUCGUCAAAACAGUUAUGCAUUGCUACUUUGCGAUAAAAAUGUAAUACGUUUAUAAAAUUUUAACAUGCCGCUACGUUAAAUAAAUGAUUACAUUAGAAUUCAGUUGAAAAAUUCUAUGUAUAUAUAUAUAAGUAAAAUAUACGUGCAGGAAGUACUAUUCUUGUUCGCUGAUAUUCAUAUUAAAUUUUAAUUAAACGUUAAUUUAUUAUUAUAUUUCAACAUGAAUUGGUUAAAAAACACGUUCAAUAGCAAAGUCGGCAAUAAUGCACUUGACAGUAUAAACUAACAUAGCAUAUUUCGAUAUUUAAAACCAGUAACGCUAGAUUCUACUGAGUCAUCUCAAGUGCGGAAAAACAGAGGUACCUGCAAGAACCUGCUGGUACUGAUCAGUUAAUACCGCGGCUUCAAGUAAUGUUAUAGAUAUUUUUGAGAUAUAUCGCACGAUGCUGUUUGCUGUUGGAGAAGUGAACCUUACGAAUACACACAGUGGAAUGAAACGCAUGAAAUUUUGCCGUUAAAGAAAAGGUGAACCACGCAUGCGUAGGUUCCGACCAAGAUAUUAUUUUUUCAUGGGAAAUAACCACAUGUCGAAUUUCCUUCAGCAUUAUAUUGAUCACUUCCUCGUCGUCUUCUUCUCGGAAGUAAGUGACAAAUUAUGAGUUAUCGAUGGCAGUAUAUGUGUACCAUACACACCGUUUAUAUUAUUAAGCAAUUCGCAUGGCAAUUGUCUUUGGCAAAGAAAAAUGAUACAAUUUUAUAUAACGUUAUAUGAUUAUAUAAUUCGCAAGUGCUUCUAUGCAAGAUGAGGUUUCACGAAUCGUCACAAAAUAGUUUGCAGUCAACCGUAACUCGAGAAACUCAGGAUUAUUUAUAAAAUGAGUAUCUCCGUCCAAGAACGGUACUUCAGCUGGAAUAGAAUUUUAUUACUCGCUGUUGGAUUAUGGCCUUAUCACCAAUCAAGGUUUGCUCGAUUUCAGGCAGCGUUUGGUUUUAGUAUUUUGACAAGUUUCGUCGUCUUCUUGUUUUCAAGACUUUGGUUUGCGGACUAUUCCAUAGAAUUUAAUAGUCAGUUGCUUUGUAUGUCAACGUAUUAUAUGUUUCUUAUCACUAAGUAUGUCUCCUUUUGGAUUAACAUAGAACCUAUACGAUAUUUAUUGGAGCAAUUUCAAUACAUCUACAAGACGCUAAAGAAUUCGAAAGAAAUUGCUAUCUAUGACAAGUAUGCGAUCAUUGCAAAACGAAUAACGAUCGGCCUUACAAUGGUUGCAAUAUGCAAUCUGGUUUGCUUUAUUGCAAUGCUUUCUUGGCCAUUUAUUCUUGAUAUGAUAAUGCCCCAAAAUGAGAGCUACGUGCAGCUCUUUAUAGUACAUAUGACUGAAUACUUCGCCAUACAAGAAAAAUAUUUCUAUUUAUUUCUUCUGCAUCUAUACGUAGUCAGUGCUGUUGCAGGAGUUUCAUUUUUAGCGACAGGGACAAUGUUGUUAUCAUGUCUCAAACAUAUCUGUGGAAUAUUGAGAAUUGCAAGCUACCGCUUUGACCGAGCAAUACCGGCCACGUUACAAAGUAUUACCUUAAAAAAUGAAACUAUUAUUUACAAGGAGUUAAUCUAUGCCGUAGACAUACAUCGCAAAGCCAUGGAGUGUGCUAAAUUUUUUAUGGAUAACAUGGAACGAUCACUUCUCGUUCUUACAAUGAUUACUGUGCUUUGCAUGAGCUUGAAUCUUUAUGGAAUAUUUCAAGUUAAAUCAUCUGGGCAAGAUAUGGGAAAGACAAUGGGACAUCUUCUUUUUGUCUUUUUUCUUUUUUUAUACUUGUUUACAGGGAACUACGCUGGACAAGAAAUUGUGGAUUGUAAUAAUUAUAUGUUUCUUACGUUAUACAAUGCUCCAUGGUACUUAGCACCGUUGCAGAUACAGAAGUUCAUCUUGUUUUUAUUACAAAGAAGUAACAAAACUUUCACAUUGAGUAUCGGUGGAUUAUUUACAUUAUCCAUAGAGUGCUUUGGUUCGGAGAAUGUUUUUAUUUGUUUGCAGCUAGUAAGUGCAUCAAUAUCUUAUCUUACUGUUAUGCUAUCUUUCUAAUAAUAACGAAAAUAUAACACAUCCAAUAAUAUCGUAUAUUAGAAUAGAGUAAAUUUGAAAAUGCCGUCAGUCUCUAGUGAACUUAAAAAAUUAGGAAAAUUGGCAUUUUUCUUUCGAAACAAUAAUGUUAUGCAUAAAAUAAGCAAUGAGAAACAUUAAUUGACUUGUAGGUACAUUCAGAUUAGCUAACACAAUCAGGUCAGAAAUGUUUCUCACAUUAAACGUAUGAAAUGUAUCAUUUACAUAAAAUUUGCAGAUAAGAAGAAAUAAAAUGGUGAUUAAUGAGUGAAAUAUUAUAAUAAUUUAAUUAUUACUAUAUUUAAAUGUUAUAUAAAAGCAUAAGUCAAGCGUACGGAUUUCUUGAGACGUGACUUUGUCAUAAAAUGACGUCGUUCAAAAGAUAAAAGGUCGAAAUGUAGCCACAAAUUCUUCACUUUGCAAUUAUUAUUAAACAAUGAAAAGCGCA